AAGAAAAAGAAAUAAAGAUGGCAGUGCAUAGCUUCAACUCUGCAAAUACCAAUAUGUACUUCAGAAGCAGAUGUUGAAGUCUUUUACAGGGAUUUUCAUGUCAAUCUUUUUACGGUUUCCUCAGCCGUCCGAUUCCCACAACUCAAGAAGAUUUUGGUUUUCUGUUGGCCUCUAAUAACCUUAGAAAUGUCUUUCUUUCUUGAUGUCUUGCGAUCGAUUUUUGGCGGGAAAAACGACAAAGAUGUUCAAGAAGCUACUAGUACAAAUCGGAAGAUCAACUCUCAGAGUAACCUAUCAGAUACACAGACCGGGUAUGGAAGCUGUCGUUCAUUUUAUUCAAGCAACGGCCAAUACGAUCCGCAGUUUACACCCACAUCGGUCACUCGGGUUCACACCAGUAGAGGGAUUGGUAACACUAACAAUAAAUCCCCAUCUUUUGUUUCUCAAUGCAAGGCCUCAAACCCUCUAAUCACUAAACCAAGCGAGCAAGGUUUAAAACGAAAUUCGUCUCAACCAUCUUCAUCUUCCACUAAACCAUCCUCAUCUUUGUCUAAGCCCUCUGCUUAUUCCUCCAAACAAUCGCCAUCUUUGUCUGGGUCUGGACUACACCAAUCACUCCCCGAACCAACUCUAACAUCAUCCUCAAUUUCUUCAGAGACAAUUUCAUCUUCAUUGAAACCCCCUCCACCAUCCACCAAGACAAGUAUAUCUCUGGCUUCGCCUAAUCCGAAUAAUCAACAAACAAAGUCCAAUUUCUUUUGGGAAGAAAAGGGUGCAUCCCAGUCAACUUCUCUGGGGACACCUUCCAUGAAACCCCCUCCACCAUCCACCAGGCCAACUCUGUCCCUGGAUUCGUCUAAUCUGAAUAAUCAGCAGACAAUGUCCAACUACUUUUGGGAAGAAAAGGGUGCAUCCCUGUUAACUUCUUCGGAGACACCUUCAUCUCCCUGGAAACCACCUCCACCAUCCACCAAGCCAACUCUGUCUCCGGCUUCGUCUAAUCCGAAUAAUCAACAGACAAAGACCAACUCCUUUUGGGUCGAAAAGGGUGCAUCGUCUUCAACUUCUUCGGAGACACCUUCAUCUUCCUUGAAACCCCCUCCACUAUCCACCAAGCCAACUCUGUCUCCGGUUUCGCCUAAUCAGAAUAAUCAGCAGACAAAGACCAACUACUUUUGGGAAGAAAAGGGUGCAUCCCUGUUAACUUCUUCGGGGACACCUUCAUCUCCCUUGAAACCACCCCCACCAUCCACCAAGCCAACUCUGUCUCCGGCUUCGCCUAAUCCGAAUAAUCAACAGACAAAGACCAAUUCCUUUUGGGUCGAAAAGGGUGCAUCGCCUUCAACUUCUUCGGAGACACCUUCGUCUUCCUUGAAACCCCCUCCACUAUCCACCAAGCCAACUCUGUCUCCGGCUUUGCCUAAUCAGAAUAAUCAGCAGACAAAGGCCAAUUACAUUUGGGUUGAAAAGGGUGCAUCGCCUUCAACUUAUUCGGGGACACCUUCAUCUCCCUUGAAACCCCCUCCACUAUCCACCAAGCCAACUCUGUCUCUGGCUUCGCCUAAUCAGAAUAAUCAGCAGACCAAUUACAUUUGGGUUGAAAAGGGUGCAUCGCGGAUUGAUGUGAUUCCUGAGGACAUCAAAUGUUUGAUUGAGGAUGACAUUGUGCCUGGAAUUCUCGAGAAGCCUUUGUCUGCAUCCACAUACAAGGAUUACUUCAAUGCUCUGCUUUAUGCUGAGGACUACUACUUUGAGAAAUGGGACGGAUUCGAGAUGGAGAAUGUGACUCUGAAAUUGGACAAAGCAUCAAUUUAUACUAAGAAAGGCAACCACAACGACUUGAAUAAGUUUGAUGAGAAGGAUGAUAAAGUCUUCAUAGCGUUUGAGAUUGACUCCAUUCCUGAGAGGCGGCCAUUCCUUUUAUCUAGGGACUUUGCCUCUGUGAGGCCUUCAGGCAGCAAAGUCAAGCCAUUUCAGGGUAUUAUCUAUCGUGUGGUGAAGAGUAAUCGAGUAUUAGUUGAAUUUGAAGAAGAUUUUCAUUCACAGCAUGACUCAGCCUGCAAAUAUGAUGUGAGUUUCUCCUUCAACAGGGUCUGUUUAAAACGGGCUUACCAAGCAAUUGCAGCUGCAUCAGAUCCUUUGUUCCAGAACUUCCUCUUCCCUACUGUACCUAGAAAGAGCUCAUAUGCAGUUCAAGUUCUUCCUAUCAAUCACAUGCUUGACAGGGAGCAACUUUCUGCCGUUCAGCAGAUUUUAAGCUUUGACGCCACCCCACCUUAUCUAGUGGAGGGCUCGCUUUUUGUAGCUGGUUCAGAACAAUUAUCAAGAACUGGAAUGGUUGUUCAAGAAGCUGUAAUCCAAAUUUAUAGAACAUUCCCAUCUUGUCGGAUUCUUAUAUGUGCGCCUAUAAAUAGGACAUGUGAUGUGCUUAUGAGAGGCUUGAAGAAGGAGAUUCCAGAGUCUAAUAUGUUCAGAGCCAAUGCUGCAUUCCGAGAGUUGGAUGGAGUACCUUAUGACAUCCUCCCCUCCUGUCUCUACAAAGGGGAGUGUUUUUCUUGUCCUUCGCUUCAGGAGCUCCGGAAAUUCAAGGUGAUUCUAUCCACUUUCAUGAGUAGCUUUCGGCUGCACAAUGAAGGCAUUGUGGCUGGACAUUUUAGUCAUAUUUUUCUGGUGGAUGCCUCCUUUGCCACCGAACCAGAGACUAUGGUAGCUCUAGCUAAUCUGGCAAAUGAGAAGACUGCUGUCGUAAUAACUGGUGCACAGGGGAAUCAUUCACGUUGGAUCCGCUCGAAUAUUGCCAGGAAAAAUGGUGGUUUAAGGACUUCGUACUUUGAGAGGCUCUGUGGGAGCAUGCCGUACAAGAGUCUCGAUCCCAAGUUAAUAACACGACUGUAAGACACAAAACCAGAUGAUUCUGAUACCUUUAUGACAUUUUAGGUUCUGGAGUCCUUGCUAGCAAGCUACUCUGAACAAAAGAUGUGUUACUGGUAUAUCCUGUUAUCAGUCUCUUUAAGUUAUUAGCUUCUUGUGUUCUUCUGUAUACUGGAUUUCUGAUUUGCUCCAUCCCAUAUUAUUAUAGUUCGUGUUUAAAUAUAAUACUAUAUAGUAUUUAAUUA